AUGCGAAUUGAAUUUAAUUCAAACAAAAAAAAAAAAAAAAACACUUGUUCAUUAGCUGUUGCAGCUCCUCAUUCUUAUCACGAUAAAGGAGAAGGCUCAAGUUAUGCUAUUGUUACAAAACAUAUAGCUGAACCUCUUGACGACUGGCAUAACCAGGAAUUGGUUCCCUUACAUAGUAUUGAACAUAAACCUUAUAAAAUUGUAGCUUUUGAUCAUUAUGAUCAAGGUGAUUGGCAUCAACAGCAGUAUAAUGACAAACAUGACAAAUAUCAAUUUGAUUAUGGUGUCAAGGAUUUGAAGACAGGAGAUAUUAAAAAUCAAUGGGAACAUCGUGAUGGUGAUCAUGUUAAGGGCAGCUACUCUUUAAAGGAGGCCGAUGGUACUACACGCAUUGUUGAAUAUUCUGCUGAUGAUCAUAAUGGUUUCAAUGCUGUGGUCAAGAAAAUUGGUCAUGCUGAAUAUCCAGUAGUCUAUGUCAAACCAGUUCAUUAUCAUUCUGAUUGGGAAGGCAGUUAUGGUCAUAAGGACGAAGAUCAUUAUGGUUAUGAUCAUAAUGGUGUUGCUACCAGUUACGCUAAGGUUAAACAAUAUUGA